AUGUUAAUAAUAAGUGUUUCGCUAAGUGAUAUUGCUCGAGUAUCUGAAGUUCUUCUAAACAUGGAUAAAUAUAUGAUUGUUAUACUUUAUAUUAUUGGAACACUUGGAGCUAUUUUAAAUAUAAUAACAUUUCUUCAAAAACAAAUUCGACGUAAUUCAUGUUCAUUUUAUUUUUUAUCAAGUUCAAUUAUUGAUUUUUGUAUAAUGAAUGUAUUUAUUCUUAUGGAAAUAAUAACAACCUUUAAUAAAUCACUAUCUGAUCUUAUCUAUUCAACAAAUAUUUGGUGUAAAGUUGGAAAUUAUAUCAUGUUUAUACUUCCUUGUUUAUCAUCAAGUUAUAUAAUACUUGCAUCAAUUGAUAGAUUUUGUAUUAGUUCAUUAAAUCAAACAUUUCGAAAAUGGAGUAAUUUAAAAAUUAGUCGAAUUAUAGUGAUAAUUGUUUUUAUCAUAUGGAUUAUAUUUUCAUUACAUAUUCCAAUUGUUUACAAUCGUAUUCGAGAUCCAUUAACAAAUAUAACACGAUGUUCAGUUCAAAUUGGUUCACCUACAACUUUUCUUAUUAUUGAUGGAUUUUUCUUUUCAUUAUAUAAAGGAGCUAUUACUCCUUUUCUUUUAUGUAUAUUUGGUUUAUUAAUUUAUUAUAAUAUGAAACGAAGUCGAGCACGAGUUAUGCCUCAAACACUUAGUAGAAGUAAUAGAACAACAACUGCUCAAAUAUCAUCUAUUACUCCAAUAAUAAUUGUUCAAAAUCGAAAAACUUCUCAUAUGUUAACAAUGUUAUUAGUUCAGGUCCUCUUAACAAUAAUUUUAAAUAUUCCAUAUAUGGUUAUUUAUCUUUUUGGUUUUUUUAAUCAAAUACCAAAAGAUCUUUUUCAACUUCUUCUUUAUAUUAUGUUUAGUUUUAUUGCAAGAUGGUUUUAUUAUAUGAAUUAUUGUAAAACAUUUUAUAUAAAUACAUUGACAAGUAAAUUAUUUCGGAACAGUCUUCGUCAACAAUUUCUUGAUCUUUUUCAUAAGCAUCAAAUGAUAAUGAUCAAUAAUUAA